AUGUCAUACGAAGACCUUGGCCGACAAGUGAUCGCCCCCCACCGGGGCUUCAACGCCAAGGCCCGUGAAGUCUUGUUGGAUUCGCCGAUGAAAGUCGAAUUCGACGGUAUCGGCCAGCCACCGAAGGUGAAGCACCAGCGGCCACAUCAGAAGAAAUUCCUGGGUGAUAUCGGCAAGACUCGUAUGGACUCGGACAUGGAGUCAAUUGGUGCCUAUCGUUCAUUGACGGGAGAUGAAGCCGUUUCGCCACAGCCUGGCGAUCAGCCGAAAAUGCAAAGAAACCACUACGAUGUUGAGGAACGCCGGAAUACCGUCAGCAAAUGGUUGGAGAAAGCCGGGCAA